ACACAACUCAGCAUCUUGCUCCCCCCACACGCCUAGCUACUAGUGCACAUGUGCUCUCACAAGCUGCGCUGACUGUCAGUUGUAGUCUUCAUGCGACGUUGUCGUUGUCGCCCACCAUCCGCCAAGCCCAUCCUUCACUACCGCAGAACCAACUCCUGAGCCACUCAUUCUCGCGGUGACUUGUGAGUCGACUCAAAAGUCGGCUCUACCCUCACGCCUCGCGCCUCUCGCCUUCCUUCCGCUGAUCAGUCGCGGGCUCGAAUCGAGCCCCCAAUGACCUCGCAAAACUUCCGCGGCGAGCGCCCCGUCGCCGCCACCGCACCCCUCGCGGACACCCGCCGCCCCUCCGCCGCACGCGCACGCCGCGCCCGCGGCGCCCGCGGAUCCGCGGCAGUCUUGGCGCUCCCGAUUCUGCUCCUCCUCAUUCUCCUCCCGACGGUUGCGGCGCAGUUGACGUGGGGCGACUUGUUCCAGGGGAUAAUCGACUGGGCUGGCGGCCUCUUCAAUGGCGACGGCGACGACGACGAUGAUGGCGGGUCUUCGUCUUCUUCGUCGUCUUGUACCGCGUCGUCGCUUACCGGAUACACGUCAUCUGUCAGCCUCGGAAGCUCUCUCACCCUACAUUGGACCAUCCCCUCCGGCGGCAAGACGGUGAAAUUCGCUCUGGAGGCGGAUGGCGGCACGAACGCCGCCAACGGCUGGAUGUCCGUCGGAUUCUCAUCGGACGGUGAUAUGUCGCCCGCCGACGCCGUCAUCGGAAACAUGGGCGGCACGGGGGUGUACGCGUAUCAUAUCUCGGGAUACGGUCUAUCUGACGUGGCGCGAACCUCGUCGUUCACGAUCUACGCGCCGGGGCUGUCUGCCACGUCAGCCAGAACGCUAAUGACCUUCACGCGGUCCACGUCAGACGGGAGCGUGAGCGUCAAACCGAGCGGCUCCAACAAGAUCAUCUGGGCGUACUCCCCCUCGGGCUCUAAAUCGCUCGCUUACCACGGCAGCAAAUAUGGAAGAACGACCGUUGACCUUUCCUGUUCCUCCUCGGGGUCAGGCUCGGGGUCAGGCUCGGGUUCAGGCUCGGGUUCAGGCUCGGGGUCAGGCUCGGGGACGGGUAACGCCUGCACCAGUUCCACGCUGACAGGAUACACCUACCAAGCUCAGCUGAACGGCAACAGUCUUCUCCUACACUGGAACAAAGCCCGCAGCAACGGCGCAGUGACAAUGGCAGUGGAGGCGAAAUCAGGAGCAGCCAAGUCCGGGUGGAUCUCCCUCGCCUGGACUGCCAACGGCAAGAUGGCUCCAGCCGAUGCCGUCUUUGGGAACCUGGCGGGCGGCGCAGUGGGCGCGUACGAGAUCAACGGCUACACUGUAUCCUCCAUACAGUCCUCCUCGCUAUGGAUCGGGCAGAGCCCUACAACGGUCACUUCCGCUUCCGGGUCUACGGUGGUCAAGUUUUCCCGCAAGCACUACACUGGUGCUGUCUCUCGCUUCCUCGCUUGGAAUAAGAACACCCUCAUGUGGGCCUACUCGCCUUCAGGAUCUAAGAACAUGGGCUACCACGGCGGUGCAUAUGGAAGGAUCACUGUUGACUUCUCUUGCCGGACUGCGCCUUCUGGCGGCGGCAGCAGGGGGGGUGACGAUGAUGAUGAUGAUGAUGAUGACGAUGAUCAUGAUCGUCGGGAGCGUUGGCAUCGUAGCCACAAGCGUGGCUGAAAAGGUAUGCCCUGGAAUAAACGAUAACGAUAUUGCUGGCUCCAACCAGCGUUGGCUCGUCUUCCAUGCCACUGCAUUAGGGGUUCAAACUCUGGCCACAGUGGCAGUGUGAGUUGGGAGUGAGUUUUGUAGUAGCAGAGAUGCAAAUAGGGGACGGGCGUGGUACUCGUUUGAAACCACCCGUGGUAAUAAUUAUAGCAGGGGCAGGCAAUGCUGCUUUACGAGAUAGAAUGUUGGUUGCCAUCUUGGCAAGUUGUAGAGACGUAUCGAUUUUUGCCCCCUCGACAGCUUGCAUAUGUCCUGCUUGGAAGAACGGUAAUGGAUCAAGUUAGGAAGCAUUCACCAG